AUGUUUACUUCAAUUUCGAAUCAUCGAAGGAUACACGACGUGUUCCUCAACUUCAGAGGCAAAGACACUCGUCGAAAAAUAGUUUCUCAUCUCUACGCUGCCCUAAAAAAUGCCGGAAUUAACACUUACAUCGACAAUCAGCUUUUCAAGGGUACAGAGCUGGGAUAUCAACUAUUGAGAGGAAUAGAAAACUCUCGUAUAGCUAUCAUUGUUUUCUCCAAAAACUACACUCAAUCUAGUUGGUGUCUUAACGAGCUUCAAAAAGUCAUGGAAUGUCACAGAACUUCUGGCCAAUUGGUUCUCCCUGUGUUUUAUAACGUUGACCCUUCGGUAGUUCGUCACCAAAAGGGUGAUUUUGGAAAGGUUUUGAGGGCCACUGCAAAAAAAGUAUACUUUCGCUCAGAAGGAAAAGAAAAGAUGGAAAAUAUGUUGUCAAAUUGGAGCACUGCACUCACCCAAGCUGCUUAUUUGUCUGGUUGGAAUGUCACCGAAUACAGGUAA